UGGUCAGGGGGGAAAGGGGGAAGUUGCCCAAGUAUUUGAGCCCAAUGUUGGGGAUGCGGCUGGAUUCUCUGACUCUCUCUUCUUGUCUGCCAGAAUCCUCAGAUCUCCAGUCAAUAUGGUGGACCCGGACAUCAUUGCGUGGGUAUAUCCGGUGGGCGAGGCUCAGAAGGUGGACACGGUGCGGUAUGCGACGCACACGGUCGUGAAGAACAAGCGGUCCCGCCCGCCCAGGCGGCAGCGGCGGCCCGAGGCCCUGGCGCCCGCACUGUUGGCCAGGAGCGCCCGCGAAACGACGCCGCCGCCGCCGGCCAAAAGCGACCAGGAACUGGAAUACCUGCCCUAUCUGGAACUCAGGUUCAGCGACGGCCCUCGUACCUCAGCAGGCUUCAUUUUUGGAAAGGAUCCCGACCUCAGCGACAUCCUCCUCCCCAGCAUCCAAGGGAUCAGCCGGCGGCACUUCGCGCUAACGUUCAGGAACGACUUCGAAGAUGGCCGUUACCGUCUCGUCGUCCGAGACCUCGGUUCGACGAAUGGAACUACGGUCGCGUAUGACGGACAGGGCAAGCAGUGUCGGAGCAAUUGUGACUGGAUCAUUUCCGGGUUCGAAACUCCCGACACGACUCAAAAACUUGAGGUCGAGCUCCGCGGGGGCGGCCACAUGACACGCAUCAUAUUCCGAGUCGUGGUUGCGCGCCACGAUCUCACUUCGCCGGUGUACAUCAAAAAUGUCGAGCGAUUCCUCCACGGAGCGGCCGUCUCAGACGUCCUCUUCGGUGCGCCUCGUCUCCAAAGUGUCGACGCCAACAAGUUCCACACUGCUGCCCCCACGCCGACGAACCAGCCGUUCCUUCUUCUCAAGCGAGGAGUGAUUGGGACCGGCGGAUUUGGAGAUGUGAUCCGACUCUGGAAUGUCAGCACUGGAGAGGAGUACGCGUGCAAGAGGCCUAAUGGGUACGAGUACAGAAGAGAGGACUGGGAAAAGGAGAUCGCCAUCAUGAAGAACAUGCAGCAUGAGAACAUUGUACGGCUCUGCUUCGCGACUCUCUCGCCAGAGCCUCGCUUGUUUCUUGAGUACAUGGAGCUGGGAAACCUCUCGCUCGAGCACAAACGGUUGCCUUUCUCGCUCCAAGACUGCUGGGAUAUCCUACGCCAAAGCCUGUCGGCCUUGGUAUACCUUCAUUGUCGCCGCGAACCUAUUGCGCACCGAGAUCUCAAGCCGCAGAACAUACUCGUCAAGUCCAGGAAUCCCUUGCACGUCAAGUUGGCAGACUUUGGGCUCGCAAAGGCCGGCAGCCUGAAGACGUACUGCGGCACUGCGACCUAUCGCCCCCCCGAGAUACAGAUGGACAACGGCUCCCAACGGUAUACCGUGGCCGUGGACAUCUGGUCUCUGGGGGUCGUGAUCCUGCAGCUUGAAUAUGGUCUUCCCGCUCCUGGAUACGGGAGCACCAUGGCCUGGUGCGCAAGCAUCGUCAAGGAGGCUCGUACCUGGGAGUCGGAUGGCCUGAUCGAUAUCCUGCAGCGCAUGCUGAUCCUCGAACCCAACGAGCGAGCUACCGCAAAAGCUUGCCUAAGCGCAGUGGAGGCGCACUACGCAUGAACGCAAGCCCCUGAUGAAGCAGCGGGACAAGCGUUGUGCGUCGAGGGAA